AGAACGAUAAUUCUCAUUAUUGGGAUUAUCACAUUGGCUUACGGCGAUGAACAGAGUCAGGGGUACGAUUAUACACCACCGAAAGUAAAAUUGUGCAAUGAUGGCACGGUGAGAGAGAAUUGCGAUGUGUGUCCAGAAGGUACUACUGGAACAUAUCCCAACUGCAAGAAGCCACAGUGUGCUCCAGGUGAAAUUGGAACAUAUCCCAAUUGUCGCAAACCAGAAUGCCCACAAGGGACUAGUGGGAUCUAUCCAAAUUGUGUGAAACCACAAUGUCAACCAGGUGAGGUUGGAACCUAUCCCAAUUGCCGUAAACCUGAAUGUCCCGCGGGAACAACAGGAAUUUAUCCAAAUUGUCGCAAGCCAGAAUGUCCAGCUGGCACGACAGGAACGUAUCCAAAUUGUCGAAAGCCAGAAUGUCCACAAGGAACUAAUGGGAUCUAUCCAAAUUGUGUGCAACCACGGUGCCAACCAGGUGAAGUUGGAACAUAUCCCAAUUGCCGUAAACCACAAUGCCAACCAGGUGAAGUUGGAACAUAUCCCAACUGUCGUAAACCAGAAUGCCCACAAGGCACCUCGGGUACAUAUCCUAAUUGCCAAAAACUGUACUGUCCAUCAGCUCUUUUAAAUACUUUCAAUUGCUACUUUCCAGGCGAAAUUGGAACAUACCCCAAUUGUCAGAAGCCUCAAUGUCCAGCCGGAACAACAGGGAUCUAUCCUAAUUGUCAAAAGCCCGAGUGUCCACCGGGAACCACUGGCAUUUAUCCAAAUUGUCAAAAGCCUCAAUGUCCAGCGGGAACCACAGGAACGUAUCCAAAUUGUCGACAACCCGAAUGUCCACAAGGAACUACAGGGAUCUAUCCCAAUUGCCGUAAACCACAAUGCCAACCAGGUGAAGUUGGAACAUAUCCAAAUUGUCGCAAACCCGCAUGCCCAGAAGGCACCUCGGGUACAUAUCCUAAUUGCCAGAAGCUGUACUGUCCAUCAGGUGAAAUAGGAACAUAUCCAAAUUGUCGAAAACCUGAAUGUCCAUCUGGAACCACUGGAAUUUAUCCAAACUGUAAAAAGCCUGAAUGCCCAGCUGGAACCACUGGAAUUUAUCCGAAUUGUCAAAAGCCUCAAUGUCCAGCUGGAACCAUAGGAACGUAUCCAAAUUGUCGCAAGCCUGAAUGUCCACAAGGAACUACUGGAAUCUAUCCAAAUUGUCAAAAGCCAGAGUGUCCACCUGGAACAACAGGAAUUUACCCAAAUUGUCAACAGCCUCAAUGUCCAGCUGGAACCACAGGAACAUAUCCAAAUUGUCGCAAGCCAGAAUGUCCACAAGGAACUACAGGAAUCUAUCCCAAUUGUCAAAAGCCAGAGUGUCCCCCUGGAACAACAGGAAUUUAUCCAAAUUGCAGAAAACCUGAAUGCCCAGCUGGAACCACUGGAAUUUAUCCCAACUGUCAAAAACCUGAGUGUCCACCGGGAACUACUGGAAUUUAUCCGAAUUGCAGAAAGCCAGAAUGCCCGGCCGGAACAACAGGGAUCUAUCCCAACUGUCAAAAGCCUCAAUGUCCAGCUGGAACCACAGGAACGUAUCCAAAUUGUCGCAAGCCAGAAUGUCCACAAGGAACUACAGGAAUCUAUCCUAAUUGUCAAAAGCCAGAGUGUCCAUCGGGAACAACGGGAAUUUAUCCAAAUUGCAGAAAACCGGAAUGCCCAGCUGGAACAACAGGAAUUUAUCCCAACUGUCAGAAACCUCAAUGUCCAGCUGGAACCACUGGCAUUUAUCCGAAUUGUCAAAAGCCUCAAUGUCCCGCUGGAACUACAGGAACGUAUCCAAAUUGUCGACAACCCGAAUGUCCACAAGGAACUACUGGGACAUAUCCCAAUUGCCGUAAACCAGAAUGUCCAGAUGGCACUACGGGUACAUAUCCUAAUUGUCAAAAGCCGUACUGUCCAUCAGGUGAAAUUGGAACAUAUCCAAAUUGUCGAAAACCUGACUGUCCCCCUGGAACUACCGGUAUUUAUCCCAAUUGUCAAAAGCCUCAAUGCCCAGCCGGAACAACAGGAAUCUAUCCCAAUUGUCAAAAGCCUGAGUGUCCACCUGGAACAACCGGAAUUUAUCCAAAUUGCAGAAAACCGGAAUGCCCAGCUGGAACCACUGGAAUUUAUCCGAAUUGUCAAAAGCCUCAAUGUCCCGCUGGAACCACGGGAACAUAUCCAAAUUGUCGAAAACCUGAAUGUCCACAAGGAACUACCGGAAUUUAUCCAAAUUGUCAAAAGCCGCAAUGUCCCGAGGGAACUACUGGAAUUUAUCCAAAUUGCAGAAAACCCGAAUGUCCAUUCGGUACUACUGGAAUCUAUCCCAACUGUGAGAAACCUGAGUGUCCACCAGGAACUACAGGAUUUUAUCCAAACUGUCGGAAAGCCGAGUGUCCUCGUGGAACGUCAGGCACAUAUCCAAAUUGCGUGAAAUUGCAAUGCCAACCAGGUGAAAUUGGAACAUAUCCAAAUUGUCGAAAACCUGAUUGUCCCCCUGGAACCACUGGAAUUUAUCCAAAUUGUCAAAAACCUCAAUGUCCCGCUGGAACCACAGGCACGUAUCCAAAUUGCCGCAAGCCUGAAUGUCCACAAGGAACUACUGGAAUCUAUCCAAAUUGUCAAAAGCCUCAGUGUCCUCCGGGAACCACUGGAAUUUAUCCAAAUUGUCAACAGCCUCAAUGUCCGGCUGGAACCACAGGAACCUAUCCAAAUUGCCGCAAGCCAGAAUGUCCACAAGGAACUACAGGAAUCUAUCCCAAUUGUCAAAAGCCAGAGUGUCCCCCGGGAACAACAGGAAUUUAUCCAAAUUGCAGAAAACCUGAAUGCCCAGCUGGCACCACAGGAACGUACCCCAAUUGUCGCAAGCCAGAAUGUCCACAAGGAACUAGCGGGAUAUAUCCAAAUUGUGUGAAACCACAAUGCCAACCAGGUGAAGUUGGAACAUAUCCUAAUUGCCGAAAACCACAAUGCCAACCAGGUGAAAUUGGAACGUAUCCAAACUGUCGAAAACCAGAAUGUCCCCCUGGAACUAAUGGAAUUUAUCCAAACUGUAAAAAACCUGAAUGCCCGGCGGGAACUACUGGAAUUUAUCCAAAUUGCCAGAAACCUCAAUGUCCAGCUGGAACCACAGGAACUUAUCCAAACUGUCGUAAACCCGAAUGUCCCACAGGUACAACCGGAAUUUAUCCAAAUUGUCAGAAACCCCAAUGUCCAGCCGGAACAACAGGAAUCUAUCCUAAUUGUCAAAAGCCCGAGUGUCCACCAGGAACCACCGGAAUUUAUCCAAAUUGCCAAAAGCCUCAAUGUCCAGCUGGAACCACAGGAACGUAUCCAAAUUGUCGCAAGCCAGAAUGUCCACAAGGAACUACUGGAAUCUAUCCAAAUUGUCAAAAGCCAGAGUGUCCCCCUGGAACAACAGGAAUUUAUCCAAAUUGUAGAAAACCCGAAUGUCCGUUCGGUACUACUGGAACCUAUCCCAACUGUGUAAAACCUGAGUGCCCACCAGGAACUACAGGAUUUUAUCCAAAUUGUCGAAAAGCCGAGUGUCCUCGUGGAACAUCAGGCACAUAUCCAAAUUGCGUCAAAUUGCAGUGCCAACCAGGUGAAGUUGGAACCUAUCCAAAUUGCCGUAAGCCGGAAUGUCCAGAUGGUGAAGUUGGAACAUAUCCAAACUGCAGAAAGCCGGAAUGCCCAGCAGGAACAACAGGAAUCUAUCCUAAUUGUCAAAAGCCUGAGUGUCCCUCGGGAACCACUGGAAUUUAUCCGAAUUGUCAAAAGCCUCAAUGUCCAGCUGGAACCAUAGGAUCAUAUCCAAAUUGUCGCAAACCGGAAUGUCCGCAAGGAACUACUGGAAUCUAUCCAAAUUGUCAAAAGCCUGAAUGUCCACCGGGAACAACAGGAGUCUAUCCAAAUUGCAGAAAACCUGAGUGUCCAGCUGGCACCAUUGGAACAUAUCCCAAUUGUCGCAAGCCAGAAUGUCCACAAGGAACUACGGGAAUCUAUCCAAAUUGUCAAAAACCCGAGUGUCCCCAGGGAACAACAGGAGUCUAUCCAAAUUGCAGAAAACCUGAGUGUCCAGCUGGUACCAUUGGAACGUAUCCCAAUUGUCGCAAGCCAGAAUGUCCACAAGGAACCACUGGAAUCUAUCCAAAUUGUCAAAAGCCUGAGUGUCCCCCGGGAACCACUGGAAUUUAUCCAAAUUGUCAAAAGCCUCAAUGUCCAGCUGGAACCAUAGGAACGUAUCCAAAUUGUCGCAAGCCGGAAUGUCCACAAGGAACUACGGGAAUCUAUCCAAAUUGUCAAAAGCCUGAGUGUCCACCGGGAACAACAGGAGUCUAUCCAAAUUGCAGAAAACCUGAGUGUCCAGCUGGCACCAUUGGAACGUAUCCCAAUUGUCGCAAGCCAGAAUGCCCACAAGGAACUAGUGGAAUCUAUCCAAAUUGUGUGAAACCACAAUGCCAACCAGGUGAAGUUGGAACUUAUCCCAAUUGCCGUAAACCAGCAUGUCCAGAUGGCACUACGGGUACAUAUCCUAAUUGCCAGAAACUGUACUGUCCAUCAGGUGAAAUCGGAACAUAUCCAAAUUGUCGAAAACCUGAUUGUCCUCCGGGAACCACCGGAAUUUAUCCAAAUUGCCAAAAACCUCAAUGUCCAGCCGGAACGACCGGAAUCUAUCCUAAUUGUCAAAAGCCUGAGUGUCCAUCGGGAACAACAGGAAUUUAUCCAAAUUGCAGAAAACCGGAAUGCCCAGCUGGAACCACAGGAAUUUAUCCAAAUUGCCAGAAACCGCAAUGUCCUGCGGGUACCACCGGAAUUUAUCCGAACUGCCAGAAACCCCAAUGUCCAGCCGGAACGACAGGAAUCUAUCCAAAUUGUCAAAAGCCUCAGUGUCCUCCGGGAACCACUGGAAUCUAUCCAAAUUGUCAAACACCUCAAUGUCCAGCUGGAACCACAGGAACCUAUCCAAAUUGUCGCAAGCCAGAAUGUCCACAAGGAACCACUGGAAUCUAUCCAAAUUGUCAAAAGCCUGAGUGUCCCCCUGGAACCACCGGAAUUUAUCCAAAUUGCAGAAAACCACAAUGUGAAGCAGGUGAAGUUGGAACGUAUCCAAAUUGCCGCAAACCUGCAUGUCCAGAAGGCACUUCGGGUACAUAUCCUAAUUGCCAAAAACUGUACUGUCCAUCAGGUGAAGUAGGAACCUAUCCAAAUUGUCGGAAACCAGAAUGCCCUCCAGGAACAACUGGAACUUAUCCAAACUGUAAAAAACCUGAAUGCCCUGCGGGAACCACCGGAAUUUAUCCCAAUUGUCAAAAGCCCCAGUGUCCAGCUGGAACCACAGGAACUUAUCCCAACUGUCGCAAGCCAGAAUGUCCACAAGGAACUACUGGCAUUUAUCCAAAUUGCCAGAAACCCCAAUGCCCAGCCGGAACAACAGGAAUCUAUCCUAAUUGUCAAAAGCCCCAAUGUCCAGCCGGAACAACAGGAAUUUAUCCAAAUUGUCAAACACCUCAAUGUCCAGCCGGAACCACAGGAACGUAUCCAAAUUGUCGAAAACCUGAAUGUCCACAAGGAACUACCGGAAUUUAUCCAAAUUGUCAAAAACCUCAAUGUCCAGCCGGAACCACAGGAACGUAUCCAAAUUGUCGAAAACCUGAAUGUCCACAAGGAACUACUGGAGUCUAUCCAAAUUGUCAACAGCCGCAAUGUCCUCAGGGAACAUCUGGCAUAUAUCCAAAUUGUGUGAAACCGCAGUGUCCACCAGGUACAACUGGUGUGUAUCCCAAAUGCGAAGAAAAGUCGGAGGGCUAUCAUUAUCCUAAACCUAAAAUUCCAUUCGAAUUUUAG